AGUGGUUUACCACUUUUCGACUCUAUUUGUCAAGUAAUAGAGUCGAAAAGUGGUAAACCACUUUCUUGGCUGACUGUACCAUAGUAAAAAUCUACUUACAAAAAGAAAUAAAACUAAAUAAAACUUUCGUAUAAAAAUAAAUUGCCGAGUCACUCUAAAAGCGUCGGCGAAAAGGUAGAACGCCUAAAAGUACCUUACCACUUGCUGUUAUGCAGUCUUUUAUACGUAAAAUAUGAUUAUAUUGCACAUUUUACUCGUAUAAACAACAAACCAAAUUAGUUUUAUACUUAAAACGAAUUAAAAGAUAAACUGUACGUCAAAUGGCGGUAAAUGGAACUUUUUUCACGCAUGUCACGCAUCCGUACUUUUUUUAAAUUCAGAGACAAACUAGAGGACUUCCUGUUCGAGCGUCACCUUGAUAGUUAUAAUCUCGUGAUUAAUUCCUUUGCUUUUUGCUCAUUAAUACUGUUUAAAGUGUAAUAUCGAUAGCUUAUUAUAUUAUACAGUAAAUUAAUGUGGUAGUGUGUAGUGAAUAGAGAAUUAAGUUUUAAACGCGUUCAAUCACCAUUUUGGAACAACGGCCGGUAGUCCACGGGCUACUUGUAAGGCCCAGCUAUUGCUUUACAAGAGCUAAUAAUAUAAUCACCGUACACUGUCGUGUACUAACCGUCCAAUUUUAGUCGUAUUUAAAGCUCCUAAUACCUUGACAGAAGCCAUAUUUCAAAAGAAUAAGAAAAUAAUGAAUGAAUGACAAAUUAGUCGGGGGCCGAUUUCCGUUUCGUUCGAUACAAACUAACAUGCGGAAUUCGUCAAAACUGUAUGCAAUUGACAUUUAAUUCCGUAUAAAAGUCAUCUCGACUGAUAUAAUGGAAUAGAGGUCAAAUCGAAUUGCUUUUUUCAGAGAUGUUUGAAAUUCGAAUGUCAUUACAUUACCAAAUCGAUUUUGAUGCAAUAAUGAAACAAUCAAAAUAUUUUCACAGAUAAGAAAUUUGUUGUAACAAAGCAGUUUAUCUUAAUGUUGGCCAUUAUUUAUGGAUUUUUAAGGCAUCAUAGAGGGUUUCUGAUAUCUAUGUGUGCAGAUUAAAUAAUUUCCGUGGAAAGUUUUUAUUAAGUUUUAUUUUAUGAUUUUUUUUAAAUUUUUUGCAUGCCCGUUUCAAAAGUUAGAAGGGGAUGGGGACCAUUCUUUACACUUUCGGAGCGAUUAUUUCCAAAAGUAUACACCGAAUCAAAAAGCACUGUUAGCAACCUUAUUGUUAUUUUUAAUGACCUAUCGACUGAUAUGGCACAUGUUUAUUAUUUUUAGUUAGGUACAUGUAUUAUAGAGCAGGGAUGUCACGAAUGCGAAUACGAAUACAAAUGUUAGGGAAUAUGUAAAUCAUAUUAUCAUUCUUAAUUAGAAAAAAAAGCAGUUAUAUGUACUAACAUAUGUUAACUUAGAACGGGAUAUUUAUAGCGUUGAAAAAUGCUGUCUACUUAUCAAAAAUAAAAAUGCAUUACUUGAAAAUAGUUUGCGCGCAUUGCCAUGCCAUGCCAUGCACACUGGAAGCACCAAUUGACAAAAUACCAAAAACGACAAUCUUCCGGAAAGACUAUGCCGUAUUGCUAACGGAGGAACCGAAAGAAGGAUUAAACCAAACAAACUUAAGAAUUUUCACAGACGGCUCAAAAAUAGAUGAGGGGACAGGAUGUGGUGUCUUCUCAGAGGAUUUAAAUAUACACAUCUCAAAGCCACUGGGUGAACACAACACGGUAUUCCAAGCUGAAUGUGUAGAUAUAAUAGAAGCUUGCAAUGCGAUAAAAAGACGACAAGUAAAACAUGAAAAUAUACUAAUCAUGUCAGACAGUAAAUCUGUACUACAAGCUCUAUGCAGCGACAAAGUCAAAGUCUCACCGAAGUGAGCAAGGAAGGCAACAGAGUAACGGCACACUGGACAAAGGGGCACAGUGGAUCUAGAGGAAACGAUGCAGCGGAUGAAGUCCUCUGCUAGUACCUCUACAGAAGUACCUCUAUCAGUAUCCUACAUAAUAAACCAACUUGACCAACACCACAAACAACUACACAAUAAAUACUGGCAUAAAUUGGACACAUUUAGACAGAAGAAAGAAACUCUCCCGGAACUGAACUACAAGCUCACCAAAACACUACUGAAAAGACCCAGACAACAACUACGCAAAAUAGUAGGAUUAAUUACAGGAUAUAACACACUAAACAAACAUAGCAUAGGUAAGACAGACAGCCCCAUGUGCAGGGCGUGCAUGGAGGAGGAGGAAACAGCAAAACAUAUUCUUCUAGAAUGCAAACAGGUAGAAGUAUACAUGAACCUAUGAACGCUGAACACACUGAAAGAGGUAUUUAACAACUUGAAAACACUGUUAGGUUUUGUAGAGGAGCUGGGGUGGCUAGAGUAGCGGUACCUUGUUUCUUACGCAAAAUAGGCACAAUUGAUGUCGAGUUGCGGAAAAGGCCCUGAAAAACGAACUAACUAACUACUGCCAUGCUGACGAGAGCAAUCGCGGGCGAGACAGGACUCGACCUGCGCAUAUUCGAAUUCGCAAAAUUUGUAAUCUUUUGAUAAGUUCCCAUAGCUUUUUGCUCCACUGGAGUCAGCGCUUUGCAAAAAAAGCUUUAAGUGCUUUAGAACCGUCAGACUGUCCCAUUCUUUUUGAUGUUUGGACUUAGCCACGGUCCUUAAUAGCCAUUAUAAAUAUUAUGAUGGUUCCCUGUGAGAGCCCUACGAAUAGUUCCGGACCCUAUAAGGUUGGUUACAGAUCCGGCUCUGGCAAGUUCUUCUCCAUUUUCAUUGCCUAUGUAUUGUGCGUCAUAAACAAAAGAUAUAGGUAUGUAUAUCGUGUGGCUUUCAUAACCUCUAUCAAUAUGAUUAUUAAUGGUCUGUAUCCAAUCGGUAUUAAUACAACAAAUAUUUGAAAUGAGCUGUUAUUUCCAAACCUCAAGGUUACAUAUGAACAUGUUUGCAAAAUUUUUACUUAUUGUUCUGCUCGGAACUCGUGUAAGACGUUUGAGUUCAUCGGAAUUAUUGUGAGUAUGUAAUUAUACAAUAUCGACGCUGGAAAGGAGAAAUGGAAUAAGCGACAUUUUAGAAAUAUUGAGUUAUAUACAUCGUUGGAAUCGCCAAAUUUUUUUCUGCAUCGAAUGGACUAGACUUCGUACCUAUCUGACGACUAUAGUGUCGCUUAUCCUGUCGAUGAUUUAGAGAAUCACUGGCACAUUUAAAUUAGUAAACGACUUGGUUUUUUCAACAUUUUAUAAAGUAGAGAUUAGAUGAAAGUUAUUAGAUGUAAUAACCUUAGAGUUUUUUACUUAUUUGUCAGUUCAGUUUUAUCUUAACUUGGAUGAGACCAUAUGGCUCGCACCACGCGAGUCUCCUCACGUUGUCUGUUUUCAAUACAAAUUUGAAUACUCAAGCCAUUUUGGUGGUUACACUGCUUUGUAUGUGUGAGUAAAAAUGUGUAUGUGUGGGUUUUUAGGGAUAUGGACUGGUCGAUUUUAAUCAUGAUAUAUAUCGAUAAGCGUUACACAGCGGAACGAAAUAGUGAUUAAUUGAAGCUUCGAUAUCUUCACUAAAAAUAAACAUCAUUAUGCCAAUGGAUAAUAAAAUAACUCAAUUCGUGCGGGAAACAUAUUUUAUUAGUUAUUUAUGUAUUGUAACAAAAAAUUCUAUGUUUCUUUUCGUUUCAACCUGUACCUGAUAACCACGAUAUUAAACGCGUUUGUUGUUCAAUUUAGUUAUAGUUAACCCUUUAUAGUAAAAUUGUAAGAUGUCGAUAGUUUAGUAGACACAGCAACCUGGUUACACAUUGUUAAUCGAGCCGAAAACUUCAAGGCCGUUUAGCGAGGUCGUGUUUCCUGUAACAGCAGUAAUAAAUAAAACUGUAAACUGUGUCCUCAAACUCACCGACAUGUGUUCAGCAAUUUUUAAAAAUAACUUAAGUUUUAAUUUUUAUUACACAUUUCAGUUAAUUCUAAGACGCAAUGUAUUGCGAAUUUUGUAACGCUUAAAGCGUUACAAGCAACGUCAAACACACUGAUGUCAGCGUACAUUGAAAAUACUAUAAAUUUUGUAUGAAAAAGAUAAAAUCUAAAGAUUUCACAGUUUUUAAAAGUUGUAAAUCAAAAUUUAUAUCGUUUUAGGAGUACAAUAUAUGGUUUAAUUAUUUGCUCGUGUUAUAGGAAACACCCGGUAUAUUUUGAAUACAGAACGUAAUUAUACUUAAUUAGGCACCUUUUGAGAGGUAUUACACUUGACAUUUGAUUUUGAAAAGGUCUUGUAAUUAAAUAUUUCAUGUAGAUUUACCGAUAGACCUGAUAGUAAUAUGUUAGAUAAAUAAAUAAAUAUUAUGGGACAAUCUUACACAAACUGACCUAGCCCCACAGUAAGCUCAAUAAGGCUUGUGUUGUGGGUACUAAACGACGUUAAAUAUAAUAGAUAGAUGUAAAUAAAUCCUCAAAUAUAUAGAAAACAUCCAUAACUGAGGAACAAACAUCAGUGAUUAAUCUACAAGUAAAUGCCCUUACAAGGAUUUGAACCCGCGACCACUUCUCUUCUUCUCUCUCUCGCCAAUGAGUUCUUUAUUCCCAUAAACCUGCUAAUUUGUUUCACUUGCAAAUAAUACUUAAGUGAAAAAGCAUAAGCAUCUUUAAAUUAUACCUCUGAUACUAUUUACUCACUUCGCAAUAUGCAAUAAGACAAGAUAGGUAUCAAAAAUUUCCACGCCGAUUAUACGCCGGUCAAAUUUAUCGGCGGCGGCGGUGUGGAAAAAUUAAUUGCCGGUGGCGGCGGCGCGGCGCACAUGUCUAGUAUAAACAUGUAUGUGUAUGUUUUUAGGGAUGCGGACUUGUCGAUUUUUAUCAUGUUAUAUAUCGAUAAUCUUUACACAGCGGAACGGAAUAGCGUUUAAUUGAAGAUUCGAUAUCUUGACUAAAAAUGAUCAUCAUAAAAGUGCUAAUGGAUAAUGAAUACUAAAGUAUUCCAUUACUAAAGUAAUAUAAUAAAAUUACUCAAUUAUCGGAUCGGAAAACUCAUGGAUUUCUGCCGUUGAUUAUUGUAAUAUCUACCUCACAAAAUAAUACAGGUUAAUAAGAAUAUAUAAAGUUGUGUUAUAAUGGUCAUCUGUUCAUUUUAGGUAGUUUAAACCCUUUCGAGUAUAUUUAAAUUUGUAAAAAAUGCCGAUAGUUAUCAAUACAAUACAAUUCAAUACAAAUACUCUUUAUUGCACACCUCAAUACAGAAACAGUACAAAUAAUACAACACAUAAAGAAGAGGUAAACAACAGGCGGUCUUAUCGCUAAAAAGCGAUCUCUUCCAGACAACCUAUCCACCUCUCGUGAUUACGUAUAUAACCACGAUAUUAAACGCGUUUUUUGUUCAAUUUAGUUAUAGUUAAUCAAAUCAAAUUGUAAGAUGUCGAUAGUUUAUCAAUAUGACUUUAUCGACAUGGCCACAGCGUCUGGUUACUCAUUAUUAAUCCUACAUAAAAAUAUGGCUGUGUGUGAGGCUACUGUGACAGCUGGCUUAGACUCCAUCUUUAGGAAUAUAAUAUAUAUGGCUCGCACUUUCAAAAAAUUAUCAGAUCUCAUGUAGAGCCAAGAUUCUAACUCGACACGUACAAACUAUACACAAAUAUGUAAAUAUUUCACCUUACGCCCAUGUGACGGUGCUUACCAAAUGUUUUAAAUUACUCUCUUUUUGUUAUUAUUUUUCAUACGUUCAGAAAAUGCCAAGCGAGGGAAAGAAAUAGAAAAGUUUUAAUAGUAUAUAUUAUAUCGAUUUGUACAUAUAUUUAUUGUUUUACUUGAUAUAAUUACAGCAUUUAAAUACAAUUUUUUUUUAAUAAAUAAGAUUUGAUUUAAUAGCCUCUUUGCCACUAUGGCCAGGAGGAGGAUUAUCCAUCAUAAUAAUGCGUAUAAUUGCGUAAAAAUAAGUUGUAAUACCUACAUUACACAAGUUAUUUUGUUUUUUUACAGGUGAUUGAGGAUGUCAAGCAACGUGAACACAGAAGACGACGUGAUCCUGUCAGGGCUGUCGGGCCGCCUGCCCGAGUCUGACAGCAUCGAGGAGUUCGCGCGGCAGCUGUUCGCCGGCGUGGACCUGGUCACCGCCGACGACCGCCGCUGGACACCGGGUUGGUACGGGUUGCCUGAACGGUGCGGCAAGCUGAAGGACUUGGCUCACUUCGACGCUUCAUUCUUCGGCGUGCAUCCUAAGCAAGCGCAUUUUAUGGACCCGCAGCUGCGUCUGCUGCUAGAAGUGACGCACGAGGCCAUGGUGGACGCCGGCUACAACCCCGUCGAGCUGCGUGGCUCACGCGGCGGGGUCUACGUAGGACUCACCCGCCCGGAAAGUUUUGAUGCGUGGUCCAGCGACAAGAACAAGAUCAAUGGUUACGCUGUAACUGGCUGUACCAGCUCUAUGAUCUCAAACCGGGUUUCUUACGCAUUUGACUUGAAAGGACCCUCGAUAUCGAUUGACACAGCCUGUUCUAGUGCUAUGACCGCGAUGGCUCAGGCUGUGAACGAUAUCCGUAGUGCCCGUUGCGACGCCGCAAUAGUAGCCGGCACAAACCUGUGCCUCGAUCCGGCCUCUGCACUUAACUACCAUCGGUUGACCAUGCUCUCGCCGGAUGGUCGUUGUGCCGCGUUCGACGACAGUGGAUGCGGCUACGUACGUUCAGAGGCGGUGGUGGCCGUGCUGCUGCAGCGCCGGCGCGAUGCGCGCCGUGUGUACUGCACUAUUCGAGGCGUUGGCAUCAACAACGAUGGCUACAAGGAGCAGGGAGUCACGUACCCCAAGGGUGCCAUGCAGCGUCGUCUCGCGCAAGAGACUUUCGAGGAGGCUCGCUUGCAACCACAGAAUGUUGUCUACGUAGAGGCACAUGGCACUGGUACAAAGGCUGGUGACCCCGAAGAAGUGAACGCGAUUGCAGAGCUGUUUUGCAAGGACCGUCGGACGCCACUGCUUCUUGGCUCGGUCAAAUCUAACAUGGGUCACGCGGAGCCGGCCUCCGGGCUGUGUUCCAUCGCCAAACUGGUGGUAGCCAUGGAGCGCGGUGUAAUACCCGCCAACCUGCAUUUCAAAACACCUAAUAAGAAUAUACCUGCGUUCAGGGACGGGCGCAUACAGGUCGUAGACAAAAACACAGAAUGGCAUGGCGGUCUGGUGGCGGUAAACUCUUUUGGGUUUGGAGGUUCCAACGCGCACAUGAUCUUGGAAGGAGGGUAUGGGGCGCGGCCCCCGGCCUCCGCGUACCCCGCCCCGCGGCUGCUGCUCGCCUCGGGCCGUACCGGCGAAGCUGUCGAGCGCAUGCUCCAGCUGGCCGCCGCGCACCCCUGCGAUGCAGAGCUGCACGCUCUCAUAGACGCCGUGCAUGCGCGCGCUAUCCCCGGGCACGUGCAGCGCGGGUACGCCGUACUGAGCCCGACAUCUCUACAACUCGAGGUGUUAGAGAGCGAAGCAGAGCCGCGCCCGAUCUGGUUCAUGUUCAGUGGCAUGGGUUCACAAUGGGCUGGCAUGGCGCGCACACUUCUACGCAUACCGGUGUUCGCUGCAAGCAUUGCACGGUCUGCGGCGGCGCUGGAACCCCACGGAAUGGAUCUCCUGCACUUGAUAACUGAUGCGCCAAGUGCUGCUUUCGAUGACGUCAUCAACUCUGGAGUCUCUAUCGUUGCCGUGCAGGUGGCGCUGGUGGACGUGCUGCGAGAGCUGGGCGUACGACCAGACGGUAUCAUCGGACACUCAGUCGGAGAAGUCGGAUGCGCUUACGCAGAUGAGUGUCUGAGUGCGGAACAAGCCGUGUUGUGCGCUCUGUGGCGCGGGCGCAGCAUCGUGGACGCCAAGCUGCCCCCCGGGGCCAUGGCCGCAGUCGGCCUCUCUUGGGAGGACGCCGUGCGCCGCUGCCCCGCGGACGUCGAACCAGCCUGCCACAACUCUGCAGACAGUGUCACAGUCUCGGGCCCGCCAGCCUCAAUAGAGAAGUUCGUGGCCGAGCUGACCGCUGAAGGUAUUUUUGCACGGCGCGUCAACAGCUCGGGCGUGGCGUUCCACAGCUCGUACGUGGCGGGCGCCGCACCGCAGUCGCUCGAACGCCUGACGCAGCUUAUCCCUGCGCCGAAAAAACGCAGCGCGCGAUGGCUCUCCUCCUCGGUGCCACCUGAACAAUGGGAAUCCAAUUUGGCUCGGACCUGUGACGCCGCGUACUUCGUGAACAAUUUAGUGUCACCGGUGCGGUUCGCGAGCGUGCUGGCGCUGGUGCCAGCGCGGGCGCUCCUGCUGGAGGUGGCGCCGCACGCGCUGCUGCAGGCCAUCGUGCGGCGCGCGCUGCCGGACGCGCUGCACGUGCCACUCGUGCGCCGCGACGCGCCCGACGCGCUCGUGCACCUACUCUCCGCCGUGGGCAAGACCUACGCCGCCGGCCUACAACCUCAGGUUUCACGAUUGUACCCGCAUGUAACGUGGCCGGUGUCCCGCGGCACGCCUUCGCUCGCGUCGCAUGUCGGCUGGGACCACUCCGUGGAGUGGAGCGUGGCGGACUUCAAGACGGCCGGUCGCAGCGAGACCGUCAUCGAGUACGACCUCAGCAGCCCCGGAGACGCCUUCCUCGCGGGCCACGACAUCGACGGCAGAGUCCUAUUCCCCGCGACCGGAUACCUUGCGCUGGUGUGGCGUACCGUAGCGAAGAUGAACAACCUAGAAAUGGAGCAGGCAGCGGUGGUGCUUGAGAAUGUACAUUUCCGUCGCGCUACCAUUAUGACCCACGGCGCGCCGGUGCGCUUCCUCGUGUCGCUACUAAGUGGCUCGAACCAGUUCGAAGUGUGCGAGGGCGGCGAGGUGGUAGCGACGGGCACGGCGCACCUCACCGCCGACGCCGCCGCAGAACGCUUGUCUGUCGCCGCGCUGAGCGAGUACGACACUGUGCAGGAGGACCUGCCGUCGCUGGACUCGGAGGACAUAUACAAGGAGCUACGCCUGCGCGGCUACAACUACAAAGGCGUCUUCCGCGGCAUCAAGUCUUCGGAUGCGCGCGGUACGCGCGGAUUACUCAAUUGGGAGGGAAACUGGAUUUCGUUUAUGGAUACGGCGAUACAGUUUUCCCUCAUCGGCAUCGAUAAGCGAGUCCUAUAUUUGCCGACCCGGCUGCAGCGAAUAGUGAUCGACCCCGCAGCGCAGCUCGAGGCGGCGGGGGCCACCGGUGGUGCAGUGCCGGUGCAGCUUUACCGCGACCUCAAUGUCAUCGUCGCCGGUGGGCUCGAGUUCCGCGGUACGCAGACCUCGUUGGCGCCGCGCCGCAUGAACUCUCAGGCGCCGCCACGCCUUGAGAAGUACGAGUUCGUCCCGCUGGACGCCGCGGAAGAUAAGAGUCCCGCGACCGCGGCGCUGGGUGCCGCGUUGCAGCUCGUACUCGAGAACUGCAACGUACUCACGCUGCGACUGACCGAGCCUGCUCUACAGCGGCCCGCGGACGCGCUCUUACUGCCACAAGCAGUGCAAGUACUAGGUGCGGAGCCCGGCGUGCGCGUAGACGCGACGCUGGUGGCCGGCGGGGAUGCCAUGCAGUACGCCGCCGCCAUGGACCCGCUUGGGAUAAAGGUACCUACGCAAGGUCCUAUGCGAAGCGCCGAGUUGGAGAGUGGCUGCCACUUAGUGAUGGGGGCCGACGUAUUGGCGCGGCGCGACGUGUUGUGUUCAUUGGCAGCGACGAGUGGCCUCGCCGGCUUCGUUCUGCUGGAGGAGACUGCGUGCGCACUCGACGUCCCAGCGGUGCAAGCGGCCGCCGCCGCCGCAGGACUCACUCUGGUGUCGCGAAACCGCUCCGAGUCGUGCGAGUACGUGCUGCUAAGGCCCGCUGUGACCGUGCCAGUGACAAGCGUUAUUAUAGAAGUGCGCGAUGAAGACUACUCGUGGGUAGAACGUCUAAAGAUUGCCCUAAAGCGCGCCGAGAGAGAGGACAUGCGCGUUUUCGUGUGGUCGCGCGCGCCCGACUCCGGCGUGCUGGGGCUGGGGACGUGCCUGCGGCGCGAGCCCGGCGGCGAACGCCUGCGCGUGUACUACCUUCCCGACGCAACGUACGCGUUCGCCGCCGACGCGCCGGCGUAUCGUGCACAGGUUCAGCGUGACCUGGCCUUCAACGUGCUGCGCGCCGGUGUCUGGGGCACCUACCGCCACUUGCCGCUCGAAGACACCGCGCCCGUCCAACGACAGGUGGAGCACGCGUACGUGAACACCCUGACGCGCGGCGACCUGUCGUCGCUGCGCUGGGUGGAGAGCGAGCUUCGCCACGCCGCAGCCGCGCCACAACCGCCGCGUACCGACCUGUGCCGCGUGUGUUACUCGUCUGUCAACUUCCGCGACAUCAUGCUCGCCACCGGCAAGCUGCCCCCUGACUCUCUCCCCGCUGGGCUCGCUGAUAAGGAAUGUUUACUUGGGUUAGAGUUCAGCGGGUAUUCAUCAACUGGCAAGCGCGUAAUGGGCGUAGUCCAGGCGAUGGGCUUGGCGACCACGGUGCAAGCGGAUGAGACCUUCAUGUGGGAGGUGCCGGAGCAGUGGUCGCUGAAAGAGGCAGCUACAGUGCCCGUGGCGUACGCGACGGCGUACUACGCGCUGGCGGUGCGCGGGCGCAUGCGGCGAGGCGAGGCCGUGCUGAUUCACGCGGGGGCGGGCGGGCUUGGUCAGGCCGCCAUCGCCGUGGCGCUGCACGCCGGCUGUACAGUCUACACCACCGUGGGCUCGCCCGCCAAGCGCGCCUUUCUUCGCGAGCGCUUUCCGCAGCUGCCAGAUGCCAACAUCGGCAACUCGCGCGACUGCUCCUUUGAGCAGCUCGUGCUGCACCGCACGCGCGGCCGUGGCGUCGACCUCGUGCUCAAUUCGCUCGCGGGCGACAAGUUGCAGGCCUCGCUGCGGUGCCUCGGGCAGGGCGGCCGCUUCCUCGAGGUCGGCAAGCUGGACCUGAGCGCCAACUCGGCGCUGGGCAUGGCAGUAUUGUUGAAAAACGCGACGGUGCACGGUGUUCUCCUGGAUGCGUUGUUCGGCGAAGCCGCAGAUCACACGGAGAAAGCGGAGAUGAUGCAAUGCGUAAAAAUAGGCAUCGCCACCGGCGCUGUGCGCCCGCUUCCCACCAUCGUCUACGCUAACGACCAACUCGAGCAGGCAUUCCGGUACAUGGCGACGGGUAAGCACAUCGGCAAGGUUAUGAUUCGCGUGCGCGACGACACAUUGGCGAACGAAAAGGCGAGGCCGCGGUUACCACUCGCCAUGCCCCGCGCGUGCAUGCAUCCUGGAAGAAGCUACGUGUUCGUCGGCGGGCUGGGCGGCUUCGGUCUGGAGCUUUGCGAGUGGCUGGUGAGCCGCGGUGCGCGCACCGUUGUUCUCUCAUCACGCAGAGGCGUCCGUACUGGCUACCAGUCUUGGUGUAUCCGCAGAUGGCGAUCGGCGGGCGUACGCGUGCUGGUGUCGCUAGCGGACGUGACGACGCUGGAGGGCGCGCGCGCGCUGCUGCUGGAGGCGGCAGCGGCGGCGCCCAUCGGUGGCAUCUUCAACCUCGCCGCCGUUCUGCGCGAUGCCCUCCUCGAGAACCAGACGCCGGAAACUUUUCGUGCCAUCGCUGAACCCAAGAUUGAGGUGACGCGCAGGUUGGACUUGGCGUCGCGCGAGCUAGCGCCGGAGCUGGAACACUUUGUGGCGUUCUCGUCGGUGUCGUGCGGGCGCGGCAACGCGGGCCAGAGCAACUACGGGCUUGCUAACAGCGGCAUGGAGCGGCUGGUGGAGCGGCGGCGCGCGGAGGGGCUGCCGGCGCUGGCGGUGCAGUGGGGUGCCAUCGGCGACGUGGGGCUCGCGGCCGCCAUGUUCGGGGACGCAGAGGUGGCCGGCACCGUGCCGCAGACCAUUGCCUCGUGUCUGCACACGCUAGAGAAGCUACUGUUAAUGCCAUACGCCGUAGCCUCUUCCAUAGUGCACGCCGAUAAGCGACUCGCUCGGGACAAGCCCUCACAGGACAUCGUGCAAGCUGUCGCCAAUGUGCUCGGCAUCCGGGACGUGAACAAGGUGUCCUCGACGGCGACCUUGGUGGAGUUGGGUCUGGACUCGCUGAUGGUUGCAGAGAUCAAGCAGAUGCUGGAGCGCGGAUACGACUUGAUGCUCGGCGUGCAGGAUGUUCGCGCGCUCUCGUUCGGCCGGCUGCGAAGCCUGGGCAGCGCUUGCGCGCCGAGCGCUCCCGCCGACUGCACGCCGCCCGCCGUCGCCAAGCUCAUGCCCCAGCGUGUGCUCGUCGAACUACCCUCGCUUCCUCCUGCAAACGCCGAUGACAAGCCAAUAUUUAUGGUGCACCCAAUCGAGGGCGUGGCCGAGCUGCUGCGCGGCGUGGCGGAGCACGUGCGCGGCGCGGUGUUCGGGCUGCAAUGCACCGCGGCGGCGCCGCUGGAGAGUAUGGUGGCGCUCGCGGGCUUCUACGUCGAGAGCGUGCGCGCCGCGCAGCCCCAGCCGCCGUACACGCUCCUCGGCUACUCGUUCGGCGCCUGCGUCGCCUUCGAGAUGGCGCUGCAGCUAGAGCGCGCCGACUGCGCCGUUCGCCUUGUGCUUGUCGACGGCUCGCCCGCCUACAUCGCCUCGCGCAUCCAGAGCUCUACUAAGCAACACUCCAUUCAUUCGCUUCAACACGACGAUGCUAAUUUACUUGCCUAUUUGGGCCAAUUAUUUUAUGACUUGGACCCUGUUAUGACGGUGGGCGAGCUGGAGCCUCUGCCGGACAUGGAGGCGCGACUGACCCGGCUCAGCGAGAUCAUAGCCGCGCGCGGCACACGCGUGCACACCGACGAAUUGCGCGCCGCGGCGCGCGCCGUCCUGCACAGAUUGAAGAUCGCCGACAGCUACCGGCCCGCCGCGCGGCUGCAGGGGCCCGUGACGCUGUUCAAGGCGCAGGAGAGCGUCGCGGGGGGCGAGGACUACGGCCUGCGGGCGGCGUGCGCCGGCGAGCUGAGCGUGCGCCCGCUGGCCGCCUCGCACCGCGGCAUCGUCACCGGCGACGCAGCGCGCGCCAUCGCCGACCACGUCUCCGGUCUGCUCGCACGACGCUGAGCGAGCCGUCUUCAUCCAUAUUUGUACGAGUGGGGAGUGAGAGCAGCUGUCAGAUCACGUGCUGCGUGUGGUCUUAUAAGAACCUACAAACUACGGUCUUGAGUCACGACAAAUUCCGUAGUACUUAUGUAUUAUUAAAAUUGACAUAUUCAUUGUUUUCAACUAUGCAAAUUUUUCUAAUUAUUUUCAAAUUCACUUAUUUCAUUUUUUUUCUUCUGACCCGACUGACUGACUUUUUCCUAUAUUUUCUAUUUAUGUUAAUGUCUUAAUUUCAAUUUUGUUAUUUUUCACGCAUUAUAUUUGCACGCUUGCUUUCAAGCAAAAUACACAUAAUGUACCUGAAUAGUUCUAACACCUUAUGUUACUGUAUUUUUGCAAAUAAAUAAAUGAUUGAUUGAUUUAUUGAUUGGUUGUCCUAAUCUAACUUAGAAUAAUACUUUUAGAAUCGUUCGCAGACAUUUCUGCUUGUGAAAAAUGAAUCUAAUCCAACUCUUUAAUUAAUUAACGGGUACACUGUAUUUUUUAAUGAAUCAAGGGGAAAGAACAUGUCUAUUCGGAAAAUAAGAAUUUAAUAUCAAAAUGCAGAGUUCGUAAUGAACUAUUACUCGUUCUUAGGUACAUUUUCUGUUACCUCUUCUUUUAAAAUACUAUACAUAGAAAUA